ACACAAUCACCACCAAACCAAUGGCUCAAUGCCACCAAUCCACCGAAUCCUCAUCAAGACCCACCACAUGACAUCCCGCAAGAAGAUCCUAAACCUCACUCGCGCCGCCUCCAACUUGCAAUGUUCUGUCCUCUUGAAAACCGGCGCUCAUCCACCGGGAAUGAUGUUCGCUGAAGGCGGGGGCACUGAGGAUUGGAUGAAAGUUGUAAAGAAGUUACGAUACAAGGAUUUUCGUUUGAUGGGUAAGGAUGAGGUCAAUGAGAGAAGACUUGAUGUUGAAGCUGGGAAAGUCGUGGAAUUGACGAGUAUGAAGGAAUUUGCGGCGUUCUUGGAGAGGGAUCCGGUGAUUUAUGAGUGGUGGAGGGUGAGGAUGGGGUAUACCGAGGGCUGAGGAUGUGCUGGAGCAUACUGGGUUUGGUGAUGCGGCCCUCUGGUGGUCUAUCCGGGAAAAUGUGUCAGGCACUGUGGUCCGAUGAAGCAUGUUCUUUGUCUUGCAAACUCGUCCCCCUUUUACCUACCCUGCACGUCAAUUGCUGCUCAAUGUAUCGCGGCGCAAUCCCGGCGCACCUCUACUCACUAUUCACUCUGAAUUAUCACGUGUUUUUGUUGUUUUGUUG